AUGGCUGGCUCGACUGUUGUUGAACCCCCCUCCCCUUCACCGUCAUCAUCAUCUGCGUCUGGCUCCCCUGCAUCUUCCCGCUCUGUGUCUCCUGAGCCUGAUGGAGAUGCUCAGUCUGACCGUGAAGAGCCUGAGCUGACGUCACUCAAACCCACGAGUAGUCGACCUUCCGGGCGUAACAGGAAGGGCAGGGCUAAUGGCCGAUCGAGAAAGCCUAAGACCGGGGGUGGACCUGCCCAAGAAACAGAAAUGGAUGUGGAUGCAGACCAAACAGUUGUACAAGACGCGGACGAGGUGGACGCUGCAGAGGGAGAAGAUGUUGAACCAGAUUCUCCAGAGAUGGAGUUGGAAUCAGACUUGCAGCCGGCGCACCGCGCUGAAGCUUUGGAUGUGCUUGCGACAAUCGAGCUCAAAUUCGCGUUACUCAGAGAGCGUUUAUAUGUUGAGAAGAUGGAAAAUCUAGCUUGGGAAGAGGCAUUGGUGGUCGAUGGCGCACAUCCGGAGUUGCUGCAUUUGCACACAGAACUGUCCAAGAGACGCGAUAAGCGGCUCCAGCUCGCAGCUCGCAGGCGCGACUAUGAGAUCGCAAAUGUCACCAAACGUCGCAAGUUAGACGAGGACGGUGUUUGGAGUUGGUGGAAGUCCGAACGUGAUGAGCUGCAAACGAAUAUGGUUUCGGAGACUAAUAGGAAGAAACGGAAGCUGGAGAGAGAGCGGCGUGCAUUGGAUCGCCCACAACCUGAACGCCGUAUUCCACCAGCCCCGCAAAUUGUUGAGCCACCUCCGACCUUGCGUGACAUUGUCAAAACAUAUCCUUUCGGUAUCUCGUCCUCAUACUCACAACCGUCACGGCGGAAGGGACAAGCCAGCCCCAGUGCCCUUGCAUAUCCUCAGCUCUCAACCCUUGCCCCCGCUGAGAUUGCGCAUGAUCUCGAUUUCUUGUACCAGCAUCGCCGUAUGGCACCAAACUUCGAUCAUCGGUCAGCAAUGCUCACCUCCACUCUCGGUGGGCCUCCCCCACCGCACAUAUAUGAUUACCCCAUGAACUUGCCCAUGGUUGAUGGGCCUGGAACUGGGAAUCGGUUUGGUCCUCCUCCAUCUUCUACCAUACAGCAUCAGCAUCCGCAUGGGUACCCGCAAGUCCCUAAUCCGUUGGUCCAGGGAUUCCCGGGACAGCCUCCACGACUACCACAUCAUCAUUCUGCGCCUGCAGGCGGCUUGCCUAGUCUACACCCUUCGCAGAUCGUAAUGGACCCAGAUAUGGCUCCAGUUCAUCGACCAGACUCGCGUUCUGCGCUUGUAGGAGUCCACGUGCAGCAGCAAUUCGCUUCCGUAGGAUCGACGUCUGCUCACGGAAACUUGAUGCGGCGCUCGAUUUCUCCAGUUCAGGUACAAGUGCUUCACCAUGGUCCCGGACAUAUGCCGAUGAGUGUUGGACAUGGCCCUAUGCUACCCGGGGGGUUGAAACCUAACGGUUGGGUUGGGGUUGGCCAGCCCGGUCCGAAUUCACUUCCCGGUAGUGCGAAGGAACCUCGGAAACCAAGCAGUGUUGCUGAUGGGCGCGAGAGAGGGAAGGAACGUGAGCGCUAUCCUGGCGAAAUGGAGGUGGACAGGGUAGAGAGGGAGCGCGAGGCCGAUCGAGAGCUAGAUAAGAUGCAUCAGAUGCAAAUCACACAGCAACGCCAUUCUGGUCAUCAACAUCCACAUCCUCCCAUUCACUCUGCGCAAGCGCAGGUUCCGCAUCGUCAUCUUGGGCCACACCACCACCACCACCAUCACCACCAUAUUCACCAUCACCAUCACCCUAAUGGCGCGACUAACGGUGGGCAAGGUCCCCUUGUACCUACUCUUCCGCCUAGCCGUAUGGGCGGUUCAAGCGCGCUUACCCACUCACACGAUCCUCGUUUUUCCGAAUCCCAUUCAGGUGUGAUGGGAGAAGCGAUCGAACUUUCGGCUUCUUCCUCAAGACAGCCAAACCAUCGCUCUCCUCGUAUGUCUGCCCUCUGGAAAACAAACGACGAGCCGCCCCCGCUACCGCCAUCAGGCGAUUUAUCGCAACGAGAGAGACAAGCACUCGAGCUUCUCCCUCUUGGUCCAGACGAGAGGUCAAUGACACCUAUUGGGACCAUGCCAACACAAGUAAUGCAAUCCAAGUUCUCAGGGUCUCCCAGGCCCACAUUUGUUCCUCCUGGAUCCCUAGGUCAUUGGUCGGGGCGAGGAAACGGGGUAGAAGAUAUGGGCGAUCCUGCUUGGCGUGACCGUUCCAUAAACCAAGCUUGGCCUAACGGACGGCGCGGGAGAGAGAUCCUUAAUCUGCCAUCACUACCCCCACCACCUCCUUUGACAUCUGCAGCCCACUCGCCUCCAGCACGCGCCCCCAGUCCGUCCAAAGGUAGCAGCCCCGGUUUAAAGACUCUCGGACGUACUCCCUCUUCCCCAAAUUCGAAACAGCCACCGCCUCGAUUGGCUGGUAUUUCUGGCGCGGAGCAGCAGGCUGCUGGUGGAACUAGCGCUGCAAACCAUCUACGGACAUCGCCUCCCUUACCUCUACUUACUAGUCCCUCCCACAAGUUUCACAAGAGCGUCAUUUCCGAGCCUCUGCUUGGGAACAGUGCUGUCGCCCCCAAGGCCGUUCCUGUGGACGGAAGCUUAUGA